AUGGGAGAAAUAUCAUUAGGUAGAUAUAUUUUUGAACGAUUGUACCAGUUGAAUGUUCAUACAGUUUUUGGUGUUCCAGGAGAUUUUAACUUAUCACUUUUGGAUAAAAUUUACGAAACUGAAAAUGAACAUGGGGGAGGUUCGUUUAUAUGGGCUGGUAAUUGUAACGAGUUGAAUGCAGCAUAUUCAGCAGAUGGUUAUUCAAGAGUGAACAGAGGCAAGAUUGGUGCUUUAGUGACGACGUUUGGAGUAGGGGAACUUUCUGCUUUAAAUGGGGUAGCUGGCUCAUAUGCUGAGCAUGUGGGUAUUGUUCAUAUUGUGGGUGUCCCUUCAAAUGAAGCACAAAAGAAACAGAUGUUGUUGCACCAUACUUUAGGAAAUGGUGACUUUACUGUAUUCCACAAAAUGUCCAUGAAUAUAUGCGAAACAACUGCCUUUUUGGAUGACCUUGCAACUGCUUGCAAUGAAAUUGACCGUUGUUUAAGAACUGCGUAUACUAUGCAACGCCCCGUUUACAUUGCUGUUCCUUCCAAUAUGGUAGACAUGAAGGUGCCACAAGCUAUGUUAGAUAAGUCUAUUGAUUUAUCUUUAGAGCCUAACAAUGUUCAAUCACAAAAUGAAGUCAUUGAUAGAAUUUUGGGUAUGGUUAGCAAAGCUAGUAACCCAAUUGUUUUGGUAGACGCCUGUGCUUCCAGACACGAUUGUAAAAAAGAAGUUAAGCAAUUGGUCGAAGUAACUCAGUUUCCAGUUUAUGUUACCCCUAUGGGUAAAGGUAUGAUUGAUGAAGGCGGUAUUGGAGGUGAAGAUCUAGCAGAUGCGUCUGCUUUUAAAAACUUGGCAGCUGAUUUGAGUUCUGGUACUUCUGUUGCUUCUAGAUAUGGUGGAGUCUACAUUGGCUCUUUAUCUAAGCCAGAAGUCAAAGAAGGUGUCGAAAAUUCUGAUUUGAUCUUGUCCUGUGGUGCAUUAUUAUCAGAUUUUAACACUGGUUCAUUUUCGUAUUCUAUCGGCACCAAAAAUGUUGUUGAAUUCCAUUCCGACCAUGCUAAAAUCAGACUGGCAAUAUAUCCUGGAAUUAAAAUGAAAGAGCUCAUGCAAGCAUUAAACAAGAAGAUAUCAUCCGUGCUCAUUAAUUACGUUCCUAAAUCUGUUCCACGUGUCAAAUUGGUAAACACGCCUACUGAGGUGUCUGCUCCCUUGACCCAGGCUUGGUUUUGGACACGAGUUAGCUCCUGGUUUAAAGAAGAGGAUAUCAUUAUCACUGAAAGCGGAACAGCUGCUCAUGGGAUUCUCGAAGCAAGAUUUCCAAACAAUGUGGUGGGGAUUUCACAGAUCUUAUGGGGCUCAAUUGGGUACUCUGUUGGUGCAACACUUGGUGCUAGUGUAGCUGCCAAGGAAGUUGAUCCUAAGAAGAGAGUCAUUUUAUUUGUUGGUGAUGGUUCCUUACAGUUGACAAUGCAAGAAAUAUCAACCAUGAUAAAAAAUGGGGUUAAUCCUUACAUUUUUGUUGUGAACAAUUGUGGCUACACAAUUGAAAAAUUAAUUCAUGGAUUAAACGCCAAGUACAAUAAUAUUCAACCUUGGAAUCACUUACAGAUUUUGCUGUUGUUUAAUGCUAAGGAUAAUCAAUCUGUUAAAAUCAGCACAGUUGGUGAGGCUGAUGAUUUAUUCCGGAGUAAAGAUUUUGGUGUAAAUAAUAAAAUCAGAUUAAUUGAGCUUAUGUUUAGUCCCUUAGAUGCACCAAAGGCGUUGGUUCAACAGGCUAAGGCUGCUGCUGAUGUCAAUCGAGGAAAUGUCCUUUAA